UGCCUGUUACUAUAUUGUAAGCUGCAAGAUGUCUUGCAAAAAAGAAUCACUUUAAACUUUGUUGAAGCCAGCAUUUUUUAAAUGUAUUUGAGGACAGAAUCUUUUUCACUUAACAACUUUACAUAUAACCCACUUUAUGGAAUGAUGACAUGGGCUUUAAAGUCAGUCAAACAAGAACUGAAACUGAGGCCUUACUACCUACCGCAUACUAGGUGAUCUCAGUCUCUUUAAGCCUCACCCUUCUCAUCUGUAAAAUGGGAUAAUAAUACAAGCCUCAUAGGAUUGUAUUAUAAUUUAAUAAAAUAAGGAACACAAAUCACUUAGCCAUAUAUAAAGUAAAAUCUCAUUAAAUGGUAGUAGUGGUUUAUCUUCUCCAAAAAGUAAAAUAAAUUCUGUCUGAUUCAGUUUAUAUAGUCCCUGCAGCUGUUAGCACUAUGGCUUUACAGUUGUUCAUCCAUAGUAUUUAUGAAAUUAAAUAAUACUAUUACUUAGGGAAGGUUAUUUUUAGAUAAAUAUAUUCUAGAAGCAUUUCCUAUAGAGUAUUAAAGAAAUCUUACAUAUUUUAGUUACCAGUAUCAAUCACUACAUUAGGAUCAAAUAAAAGUUUCAACUAACUCCCAGCUUCAAAGAAGAUUGAACAUUUUAAAUAUCUUAAUUCAAUGGUAAAAUGCUGUCUGCAGCCGGAGCAUGUGCCGAUAUAACUGAAGUGUUUUCAAGUGUGUAAUUUGGUGACCAUAGCGCAGUAGUAAAGAACAAAAUUCAGUAGUCAAAUUUCCUGGAUUUUCAUAUUGCCUUCUCCAUGUACAAAAUACUUGUGGUUGAGCUUAUCUUCUUUGUGACUCAGUUUCUCAUCUGUAAAAUGGGGCUAGUAAUAAUACCUUGUUUAUUAGGUUAUUGUGAACACAUAUGUAUAAUUUACACAUAUACUCUUUUUUUUAAGUCAUUUAUUUCGAGAGAGCACACCCGUGCAAGAGCAUGGGAGGAGCAGAGAGAGAGAGGGCAAGAGAGAUUCCCAAACAGACUCUGCAAUGUCAGGUCAGAGACCAACGCAGGGCUCGAUCCCACGAACCGUGAGAUCAACAUAUACUCUUAAUAUAUACAGAAAUCAGUAUAUAAUAUAUAAUAAUGUAUAAAGAUGUAAAUGAUAUAAACAUAUAAUUUAAUAUACCUAAAUGAGUAUAUAUGGAUAUACACAUACAGAUGUGUAUAUAUAUUCUUAUUUGUGUCUACAUAUGUACAUACAUAUGUAAUGUGCUUAGAAUGGUGCCUGGCACACAGUAUGCACUAUAAAAAUGUUAUCUCUCAGUUUUUAUGUGGCGUUUUCAGAAACAAACCCUUUUCAGUCACAUAGCCUAUUCACAUAGCCACCUCCUUAUGACUACAGUAGAUCUCCUGAUACCUUGGUUUUCCUCACAUGACAGACUGAUGAAAGAAAGGAAAUGGUGAGAGAGAGACCACAGGAGAUGCUGGUUGGUGAUUGUUCUGGUAAGAGGGAAGGUUACUCACUGAAGCUGAGAAAGCAAUAAAAAGAGAAAACUGAGUUUGGUAGAACUUGAAACGCCACUCAUUUUAAUUUCUUUAAAGACGUCUUCGGGGGGAAAAAAGAUAUCUUUGGGAGUUCUAUAAUUGGCAUUGCCUCUACCUAAUAGACUUUUAUAAUAUGCUAAGCUUUUUAUUUUAGUACUCAAUAAAGCAGACAUACAUAAUAAUGGCAUAAGAAGAAACUACUUCUGCAGGAUAUAGAAUAUAGAUUUGAUGUCAUUCUGUAAAUGCUUCUUCACACAGUUUUUCUGUGACUUUGGAGUUUUCUCCUUCUAACGCUGAGGUGUUUCGUUUGCUCGUGUUAUGGUACAUAGGGAAGAACCACUAGAAAGCCUCACAGCUAUCACCUAAACCUUCAAGGCAGUACAUGCCACACUGCUACACUUCCUGCUCUUGUGCGCACACCUACCCUGAUGAUGCAGCCUUCACUGGAUAUCAAACCAUUUCCACUGUCUUUUCCAGUGGACAGUAGUUCUGCUGUGGGGCUCUUUCCAAAUUUUAACACAAAAAGAAGAGGCUUAUUUGGAACCAAUAAAUUCUGCCAGAUGGAUCCUGUGCAAAAAGCAGUCAUUAACCAUACUUUUGGAGUGUCCAUUCCCCCAAAGAAGAAACAAGUUAUUUCUUGUAAUGUCUGUCAGCUUCGCUUUAACUCAGAUAGCCAGGCCGAGGCCCACUACAAAGGAAGUAAACAUGCCAAGAAGGUCAAAGCACUAGAGGCAACGAAAAAUAAACCCAAAAUGGUUUCUUCCAAGGACAGCGCAAAGGCUAAUCCCAGCUGCUCCAUCACUCCAAUCACAGGCAACAGCUCUGACAAAUCAGAAGAUAAAGGGAAGUUAAAAGUCAACAGUUCCAGUCAGCCAUCAAGCUCUGAAGGUGGCUCAUUUCUCCUCAAAUCAGGCACAACACCCCUGCCACCUGGAGCAGCCACUUCUCCCUCAAAGAGCACGAAUGGAGCUCCCGGUACCUGUACCGUUCCUGAAUCAGAAGAAGAAAAAGCCAAAAAAUUACUGUAUUGUUCACUAUGCAAAGUGGCUGUGAACUCCCUGUCACAGCUAGAGGCACACAACACAGGAUCUAAACACAAGACCAUGGUGGAAGCUCGUAAUGGGGCUGGUCCAAUUAAGUCCUAUCCUAGACCUGGAUCAAGAUUAAAGAUGCAGAAUGGCAGUAAGGGGUCAGGACUACAAAAUAAGACAUUUCAUUGUGAAAUCUGUGAUGUUCAUGUUAAUUCAGAAAUUCAACUCAAACAGCACAUUUCUAGCCGAAGGCAUAAGGAUCGAGUUGCAGGGAAGCCACUGAAGCCGAAAUACAGCCCUUACAACAAACUCCAGCGGAGCCCGAGCAUUUUAGCAGCAAAACUUGCAUUCCAGAAAGACAUGAUGAAGCCUUUGGCCCCGGCCUUCCUGUCGUCGCCCCUGGCGGCGGCGGCGGCGGUGUCGUCGGCGCUGUCGCUGCCGCCCCGGCCGUCGGCGUCGCUGUUCCAGGCGCCGGCCAUACCUCCCGCCCUACUGCGGCCGGGCCACGGGCCCAUCCGCGCCACGCCCGCCUCCAUCCUGUUCGCGCCCUACUGACCGCAGCCCGCCCGCCCCGCGGCGCGCCACCCCGGCCCCGACUCCAAAGACUAAGAAAUCACUAGGCUCCAGAGUGCUUUUAGGGACCGCUCCCGAAAUUAGGGAUCUGAGCAGCACAGGCUUUGUCCCCCCGUUCUCCACCCCCCCCAACCCCUGCCGACCUCGAUUUGUGUAUCUGAGAUAUUUGGUUUCUUGCAAAUGUAUUGGUCAGAAAAAAAUAUAUAUCUAUAUCUAUAUACCAUCCUCUAUUUUCCCAUGGGUGUGAUCUGGCUUAGAAACGAUAAGGAAUCUUUUCCUGACAGACUUGAAAACUAGGGUCUUCCUCCCACGUCUGUAAAUAACUCUGGAAUCCAACUGAGCACAUUCUAGUGUGGAACAAAAAUAGGUGAACACAAGUGCUUGCUUGUGGAUCCCAUCUUACCAACGGAUCACAACGUUUUCCUUCAUGGUGUACUAUUGUUGACAGGGAUUGUGUACUGUUUUAGACCCAAGUACUGUUGUAUCCUGUGUAGUACUAGAUCUGUAUCUCUUGUCUGAAUUCAACAUUUUUUUAGUCGCUGUGUAAAUGUUAGGAAGCAAAGUAGCUUGAAUUCUCUCUAAGAGAACAAAAGAUAAUGUAUUUUCUUUAUUUCACGUUUCAUUUGGUGAUAUUGAAAAGAACUAGAAAGCCAUAUAACAUAGCUAUAAUUACUGUUUGCUAUUUUUGUUUAACUUAUUUUGUAGCUUCCUCACGAGUUUGAGUUGCUAAGCAAAUGUAUACAACCAGAAAAAGAGCUUCCUCAAUUGCACAUUCUUGCACCUCUUGUGCAUUCUGCAAGGAGACAAUGAAUCCAUGUAUUUCUACGUAAUUAUCUUCUUCAUUUUUAACCUGUUUUCAUUUGUUAACGAUGCUACAUAAUUUUGUGGCUCCCUAAUGCAAUAAUGUACAGAAGAUAAAAAAAAAAUUUAUAAUUGAACAAUUUGUCUUUCUGUUCACUGAAUAUGUUGCAGGUCUCGCUCCCAUGCCCCCCCUUUCUAAACUGAUAUCAACAAGACUGGAAUGUUUGUGGUAUCAGGGGCAAGAGGCAUCAUAAAACAACAAAAUAGAGUGAACUCUUUUAGAGCAUCUAUAUCUGCAAUCUGUAAAUGGUAAAAUGUCUGUGUAUUUUUUUAAAUGUACCUUUUCAAUAAAAGUACAAAAAAUAAAAA